ACCGAAUUGCCUAACCUAGGUUACUUCGAUAUUCUCUGACAAAGGCAAUAGUGCAUGAUCAAUAUUUACCGCAUUUUCUAAUAGGAUAACUAUUCCAGGGGUAUUCAUUAAAGAAUAAAGAAAAAAACGCACCUAAAGACGCCUGUUCGACUUUGUCGAAUAGCGUUGUCUUGUCCCACUACCACUGCGAAAUAUGGCGGGCGUCAAGUUUGACGAUCUCGCUUUGCAGUAUGUUCUUACAGAUGAGAACGACCAGGAACAGGCAAUAUCAGAGAAAGCAGCCACAGGAAUUCAAGAGUCCACGAACAACAGAAUAGCCGUCGGCCAGUGGGUCGCAUCCAUAAACCGUUGGAUUCAACCGGACGAUGAUUCCAAUGAUGAUAACUUCAUCGCGCGGGCAAAGGCGCUCGAUUUUCUAGCCAGCACCCUUGGGGUUCUUAAGAAGAGAGAUGUGCUCCUGAAAGCUGAUCAAGUCAAGCUCUUGGUGACUUUCUUCGGUUCCCUCUUUUCAAGCGAUCACCGAGCUGGUGUUACAGCUUCUGCUAAAGCGUUGAAGCACCUGGCUAGCAUGAAGUCAUUCCAACCCACUUUAGGAGAUGAUAUAAUUACAAACGUCUGUAAAUUGGGUGAUGAUUUCAAACUACAGACACCAGCGACACGCCUAGAGCUCUAUGAAUUAUUUCUUUGGCUGCUCCAGGAUCCUGCGGUAGCCAAUGAUCUUGAAUACCGCCAUGGAAACACGUGCGGAUUUAUAACCAGUCUUCUGGACCUGUGCCGGAACGAAAGGGACCCGUUGAACUUAAUGAAGUGGUUUGACAUUCUAAAAAUAUUUCUACAGAACUUUUCACCAUCGGAAGAUAUUACGUUAGAGGUCUUUAAGACCUUCUCAGCUUAUUUCCCCAUUUCUCUGCGGUCAUCAGCUACGCCGUCAGGUAUUACCGCUGAUGAUCUGAAGGGCGCUGUGCGAUCAUGCUUCGCCGCCCAUUACCGCGUGGCUAACCACGCGAUACCAUAUCUUAUUAACAAGCUCGAUCAAGGGGACGCGGUAACCGUUGCCGUAAAGGUCGACAUUUUGCAGACCCUUGACGCAUGCUUAGUACAAUAUGAGCAUCCCAAGAAAAGUGUUGUUCCAUUUGUUGAUCAGAUAUGGAGCUCACUUAAAUACGAGGUUCGAAACGGCGAGAUCCCGGAUACUAUUAAGGCAACUCUAAAGGUCAUACGAUCCCUUACCACGCGGCUUGAUGAGGAUGAGCUUCGAUCGUUCUUAGCAAGCGCUUGGAGGGAUCUCGUUGAAGACUUAUCCAGUCCAACCUACACGGCUCAGGCUGGUAGACUCCUAGUUGCAAUAUCUGGGGCUGGUUUCCAGUCUUUUUCGAGUAUCACUCCCCAGGCCAUAUCCCAUACUCAAUCUACACUUAGACAUACCCAAUCCGCAUCGCAUAAACAAGAACUUGUGGCGUUACUCAACUCAUUACUCACUAUACGAUCCCAUCUGGUCGAUACACUGAAGGACGACCCGAGCGUCGAUAGGAACUUGGGCCUACUAAAGGACGAACUAUUUGGCGAUUCGCUCUUCUCUGAAGUAUAUGCACCUCUAUGGGAAGAAAUCUCGGGUUCUCAGGCAGCAGAUCAAGUAGGUGUCUUCAAGAAGAUCUUAGAAGGACUUGCUGCUCUUGUCGGACAGCGAUCUAGUGACGCCGGACCUUCUCAUCAGUUAUGUUCUCCUUCUACUUGCGAGAAGAUCUUUAGUUGGCUCGCAAGCCCAUCUAUCAUCUAUCCUUUGGAAGGCAAAAAGUUCAAUGAAAACAAUAGCGAUGCAAACCAAGACAUCCGGGAUGCUGCUGUUGCAGCGCUGAAGGAGGCUGUACCUCUAUACCCCCCCGCAUUCCAGCUCCUGCUGCAACAGUACCUCUCCUCACUCAAGGUAGCAUACCAGCAGCAACUCGAUAUAUAUGAGCUCCCCUUGGAGAUUAAACUGGUUGCUGGCACACUAUGUGAAGUUGGUUGCUCAGAUUCGCCCGGAAGCCAUUCGUUAAUAUCAAACUCCGUCUCUCUAAUCAACAUCCUACUCGAGGGGUUACUAUGGAUGUUAUCAGAGCAGGCACCAAUAAGAUAUUGGACUGCGCUCAUCUGUUCUAUUCACUUUUCCAUUAUACAGUCCUUGGAUUCCACGUCAAAUCAAACGCUCGACCCCUUACAGCCAAAGCGGCCUGGUAUUACAAAGGAAUGGUACAUGCGAUUUACCAAAAAUAUUGAGAAUGCCGGGGCCCCUCGACUUGACUUGAACAAGUCUGGAAACCUCGCAAUUAAAGUACUCGAAGGACCGGAGACAGAUAGUAUCGACGCCCACCAGCAACUAUUAGCAUAUUCUCUGUCCGUUGUGGAGCAAUUAUACCGUCGUUUCACCACCGUCCAGUACCAAGGUGACGGGAGCAACAGAAACGGACCCCAAAUAGGGCUCGGUAAAGAUUUCAAGGGGGGACGUGAUUCCUAUAUUGUUGAACAAGAUAUGUGUCUGCAUCAACUUGGUCUUCUAGCCGCGUCAGUUGUUCGGGCUUUAAACGAGGAGGAGCAGAAGGCUCUAGACCUAAGCAAGGAUGCAUUCAUUCUUUUCCAUGAUGUCGAUUCCACUAACGCCACUACUCCGGGACAUCCUGCCUCAGAGACUAUUGGAGUAAGCCCAUUGGACAAAUUCCGUACAGCACCUUUAUCGAUGGGUAUCCUCCAGGGUCUCUAUCCUGGUGUGAUGAGCGCGAAGUGUCAUGCCAAUGCACUGAAGAAUAUUUGCACAGUCCUGACCACCCGUCCGUUACUUUGCUCCGGUACAACAAGGGCCGCGUUAGAUAUUACCUUUACGAUACUAUCAAACAAGCUCCGUAUGGAAGACGAAAACUACAGCAACGAAAAAUUGCAAAUUCAACAAAACUUGAUCGAUGCCCUAACAAACACUUUGAAUCAGGUUUCGGGAUCCAUGAUAUUCGUUGUCCGUAGCAUUCUUCAUUUCUUAGCCGGCGAUGUGGCACGAUUCAGGAGCAGUCCUGAUACACAUAACGCAUUACUCAAGAUAGUGUGUGAAAAAGCGCCAUCAGAACCCACACUAGGUCGCUUGUUAGCGGAGAACUUCGAAGUACUCGUCAGUCCUAAGGAGUGCCUUGAGAAAGAAAACCAUGCGAUUCGAAAGAGACUAAGCGGCGAGUGGCUAUACUUUAAGGUCGUCCAGCCUUAUCUGAAGGACUGCUUCCCCAGCUCUGGGGUGGAUGAGAACGUUACAGUUAAUCGCGCUAUAAUGGUGUUCUCGAUCCUAAAGCACCUAAAGUAUGAACAGUACUCCAGCGACAUUGAACAGAUCGUGCGGAUCGGUAUCCGGUCUCUAUCUACAUUUUAUGCCGGCCUGGAAAUGGAAUACUGCCUUAACGUCCUGCUACAAGUACUUGAGAAGGAGCCGAACGCACUUAAAGAGCAUAUAGCUGGUCUCAUCUCGGGUAUGAUCGUAGUCUACAAGACGGCUCGAGGAGGAAGCGAAACUACGGAGUCGAAAGGGGAUCAUACGGCGUUCAAGAGCAUAGGAAAGGAACGAAUCCUGUGCCGGAAGUUCGCGCUGGAAUUCUUCCAGAAACUACCGAGCUCGUACGAGUCUCAGUAUCUCGUGCCUUACCGUCAGCAACUACUACGUCCUCUGUCGGCGGCUUGUGGAGACUCGAUUAGAGAGAUUCGUCGAACGGCACUAGCAGCUAGGAAGGCCUGGGAAGCGCUUGCUUAAAGAAUUAAUGUUGAGCAUUUGUUGAGGUCCUCGAUGACCGACUGGAAUGUUGUCGUACUUGGCUACUAUAGUCCAGAUAGGGGUUGGCUCUUAAGUGGUACCUAGUUGCUUUUAGCAUAGGAGAUACAUACCAAAGCAUAUGCGAACUGUCCUCGAUAGCUAUAUUUAAGCACGUUUCAGUAGUUUGGUGAUGUUCUCGU